AAUCAAAUGAAAACUAACGAACCAAAACAACUGCUUAUUAAAUCGCUUUGUUCACUGGAUAUGUGUUCAAUUGUUUGCUUUAAUUUAUUCAUGUGCCCAUCCUUGCAUGAGAUCAAACAUCGUGAAAGAGAAAUCGUUCGAUGCUUAUCCUUUUUGGUUGAAGGACAACUUUUCUAGUCUUCUCAGUUUCAAACAAUUUGAAAACAUCAAGAGCGAGAAAAUGGUCCUCGCAAAAGCUCUAUGUGUUGUGCUGCUUUUGUGCUCAGCAAGUUCAGUCGGCGAAAGUCGACGCCUGGAAAGGGAUUCCGAUGUCGAAAAGCGAGCGGUGAAUUAUCCACAACCGCCGGCGGGACAGCCAGCCGAGGCAACACGAAAUGCAGCCGAUCUUAAUGCUAUGGUUCGCAGAAUUUCUGGCGCACGUAAGUCGUACGUUAUGCUUAUUUUUUGUUGCGAUUGUGUGAAAUUUUGCUGCGAUUUUAGGUGCGAUUUUCUUCUUCUAAUGGAUCUAAUGGAUGUGUACCAGUAGCGUAACUAUUAUUGGUUCAGACUGGGUGAACCCGGGGGACCCCAACCCCAAUGGACCAAAUAGGGGGCCCAGGCUGUAGAGCGAAAACAUUGGCCAGAGAGGCCGCUGAUUAUGUUACAAUGUCGUUUUCUGACCAUCAGAAUUCCAUAAAAUCUCUCUCCAAAGUCCAGGAAAUGGCAUUUCAGAGAUUCUAUAUUUAAAAAUUUUCCGGGUGAGCAUUAGCACUCCCUGGACCCCUAGAAAACUCCUGCAUAUACUGUGCUCAACUUGUGCCUUUGGCACUUCUACUAGGGGGGCCUUCGAAAAUUUUGAACCGGGGGCCCUCUGAUAUAACGUUACGCCACUGAUGUGUACGAGUAGAUGGGAUAUCUGCUAUGAAUGUUCAGAUCAGGGUACAUUAGUACAUAUACUCAAAUCAACAAACAGAUAACAUUUUGCCGUUGUCUGGUCAGUUAUAGAUACACAAUAUGACGUCAUAACGUGAAAAAGAAAAAAGUGCCCACGAGCCGCCGAGGCGAGUGAGUCACUGCCCAGCGGGCAAAAUGACGUUUAUCCAACGUUGAAUCAACGUUGGAAAUGACCUUCCAGACGUUGGAUAGACGUUGAAAAAGGGUUGACUAUGCAAAUUGGAUCGACGUUACUGUUUCGACGUUGAAACAACGUUGAAAUUAGGUUGCCAAUCUCGUCAACCAUAAUUCAACGUUGAAUCCACGUUAAAACAACGUUGAGAUUGGUUCACAAAUCGACGUCGUACAUUUAACCAUGAAUGAACGUUAAUUCAACGUCUGUUGGCUGCUGUUGAACCAAUGUUUGUAAAACAACGUCAGAGCAACGUAGAUAUUAGGUUGUCGACGUCGCAUCCUUUUUUCUACCACAUUUCAACGUUGAAACAACGUCGUGUGCCCGGUGGGUGAUGUCAUGAUGUGCUUACCACGUUACAACGGCAAAAUGUUAUCUAUUUGCUUUAUAUAAUAAAAAAGUUGAAAAGCCUUCAUAAACUAUCAAUUUGUAGUCAAAAGAUUUGUAGCUUUGAAUUAACAGCGAGCUUAAGCAUGUAGGACGGCAACACGACGACGACGGCGAAAACAAAUUCCUUCAAAUAAAUGAUAGUAAAGAAAACUUGUCGUAUAUUAUAACUCGUAUGAAUUUAAUACAGCAUAAGAAGUUGAAAACAUUGGCUUUAUGUUUGGGAAGAGUUCUAUUGAACCGAAUUUUAAGUUGCACUUGUUACGCAUUGAAAUGCAGGCGUUGUAUAAAAGACGUGAAAAUCUGUGAUUUGCCGUUGUCAACAGAACGACGACCACGUCUGAAACUCUCUUGGGACUUUAAUUAUUUAUUUCUUUUCAUUGACUCAUUGUAUUUGUUGGCGUCGUCGUCGUGUUGCCGUCCUACAUGCUUAAGCUCCCUAAUAAUGUAAUCCGUGACGGAAAGAUAUUUCUACGUCAUUUGACGUGAUCCGGGAUCUAUACAAAACAAAGCACUCCAUUGGUUCGUGGUGCUUCUGAGAGAGUCGUGAUUCGCUUAAGUAUAUUAAGUCACUGCAUUGGUGUCAGCCGUGCGUCUAUCCUAGAAAUAGAUCAUAGCUCUUGACCAAUGAAAAGGUAGAAUGAACUGCGAUUAUUAUACAUGUAAUUUGAAUUUUUUAGCUGAUACCCAGAUGGCGUUUAUCUAUCUACAUCCCCCCGGUGCAAACGUUUUGACGCUGACAAACCAGGCGGUUAGGGGUACACUAAAUGGUCCUGCAAGGUCUAACCGCGGUUUACUAAUUGGUGAUCUUUAUCCACCUCGACCACCGCCUAAUACUAAUGACAACACCAACUUCAGAAUGAACUUUCGCGGCCAACGGCGACAGCUCGAAAUUGACAACACGGACCACACGGAGUAUAAACUAUUAAAUAACCGUGGACUGGAAGUUAUGGUACAAAGUAUGCCGCAUUGUCCAGUUUACGUGAUCCUUUAUUCUAAACUCCUACCCUGCAGCGUAGGAGGUAACCCGAAUAAGCCUCCACGUUGCCUUGAAAUGAUAGCCACGGCAAGAAGAAAUAUCCGCACACCUUGUCCCAAUGCACAAUUUUAUCUUUACACUACCCAAAAUGGUCCAAGGACAAGUACACCUCGCGAUCCAGCAAAAGACCAAAAUUAUCAGAGGUAUUUCCAAACUGACAUGACCUAUAUGCAACGUCAGAAUAUCAUCUGGUUACAUCCACUAUGAAGAAUGACAAGUAACAAGACUAUUGGAAGAAUAGAGAUUCUGACUUGUGUUGUAGUAGUAGACAUUCAACCAGGGACGCCGGAACUGGG